AUGGCAGAAGGAAUUGAAUUAAGUAAUAAUGAAUUAGAAAGUACUACAUUAUGUAAAUUAGAUGGUGACCCUAAGGUAGGUUGGUUCCGAAAUAAAAAUGGUUUACUUUUAAAAACAUAUGGAUGGGUAGUUAAAAAUGCUGUAGGAAUUAUAUUCUUAAUACAUGGGCUAAAAUCUCAUGCUCGAUUAACUUAUAUGAAAGCUAAUUUAAAAAUACUAAAUAUCAAUGAAGACUUAGUAAUAGACGAUAAUAAUUACUAUAUUUAUAAAGAUAGUUGGAUUGAAAAAUUUAAUCAACAUGGGUAUUCAGUAUAUGCACUAGAUUUGCAAGGGCAUGGCGAAUCACAAGCGAUUGGAAAAUUAAGAGGCAAUUUUAAUCAUUUUGAAGAUCUAAUUGAUGAUGUAAUACAAUAUAUGAAUCAGAUUCAAGAUGAAAUCUCAAAUGAUAACCAUACGGAUGAUAAUAUCUCAAAUGAUAACCAUACGGAUGAUGAAUCUCAUGAUAUAGUAACAGCUAAAAAAAAAAGGCUUCCUAUGUAUGUUAUUGGGCAUUCGAUGGGAGGGAAUAUUGCUUUAAGAAUAUUAGAAUUAUUAGGGAAAGGAAAAGGAUAUAACAGUAAUGCUAUAAAUAAAAAUAAAUAUAAAAAUUUUAACGUCAUAUUAGACAAUUAUAUUGAUAUUAAUGGAAAUGACGAUGAUAUGAAAUAUAUGAUUAAUAGUGUGCAUGAUGUAAAUAAUUCUAAUAAUUUUGAUAUAGAAAAUAGGAAUAAUGCGGAUUGCAUUGCCAAUUUUAAUGAUUGUGAUUCAGAAAAUUCCUGUUUUAGUGCCCCUAAUACAACAAAUAUUAUUAUUAGUGAUAAAUAUGACGAGCGUUAUAAUUGUUUAGAGAAAUUAAAUAUUAAAGGUUGCGCAUCUUUGUCUGGUAUGAUGAAAUUAAAAGCACCAUUGGAUGCUGGAAAUAAAACAUUUAAGUAUUUGUGUUUACCUGUAAUAAAAUUUCUGUCUCAUGUUGCACCGGAUACACUAAUUUCGUCAGAAUCACGUUAUAAAAGGUCCGAAUAUGUUGCUAAUGUAUGUAAGCAUGAUAAAUUUAGAAAUAAUACUGGACUAAAAUUUAAUUGUGUAGCUGAACUUAUAAAAGCAAUAAUCAAAUUGGAUUGUAAUAUUGAUUAUUUACCAAAAGAUAUUCCUUUAUUAUUUAUACAUUCAACAGAUGAUACUAUUUGCUGUUAUAAAGGAUCGGUUUGUUUUUAUGAUAAAGCAAAGGUUAAUAGAAAAGAAUUGCACAUUGUUGAAAAUAUGAAUCAUGCUAUAACGAUAGAGCCAGGAAAUGAAGAAAUUUUAAAUGUAAUUAUUGAUUGGAUUCAUGAUUUAGAAAGGAAUGAUGGGGAAGAAAUAGAAAAUGAAAUAAGAGAUGAAAUAGAAGACGAAAAAGAAAAUGAAAAAGAAAUGGAUAUUGGUGAUAGUAUGAAUGAUGAUAUAGCAGAGGAGCCAGAAGAUGAACACUUUUAUAAAAAAAUUAUCGGUUGGCUUCGUAAUUUAAGAAGGGAUAAUGACGAUGAAAUACAAGAUGAAAUACAAGAUGAAAUACAAGAUGAAAUAAAAGAUGAAGUAAAAGAUGAAAUACAAGAUGAAAUAAAAGAUGAAAUAAAAAAUGAAAUACAAGAUGAAAUAAAAGAUGAAAUAAAAAAUGAAAUACAAGAUGAAAUAAAAGAUGAAGUAAAAGAUGAAAUACAAGAUGAAAUAAAAGAUGAAAUACAAGAUGAAAUACAAGAUGAAAUAAAAGAUGAAAUACAAGAUGAAAUAAAAGAUGAAGUAAAAGAUGAAAUACAAGAUGAAAUAAAAGAUGAAGUAAAAGAUGAAGUAAAAGAUGAAAUAAAAGAUGAAAAAGAAAAUGAAAAAGAAAUGGAUAUUGGUGAUAGUAUGAAUGAUGAUAUAGCAGAGGAGCCAGAAGAUGAACACUUUUAUAAAAAAAUUAUCGGUUGGAUUCGUAAUUUAAAAAGGGAUAAUGACGAUGAAAUACAAGAUGAAAUAAAAGAUGAAGUAAAAGAUGAAAUACAAGAUGAAAUAAAAGAUGAAGUAAAAGAUGAAAUACAAGAUGAAAUAAAAGAUGAAGUAAAAGAUGAAAUACAAGAUGAAAUAAAAGAUGAAAUAAAAGAUGAAGUAAAAGAUGAAAUACAAGAUGAAAUAAAAGAUGAAAUAAAAGAUGAAAAAGAAAAUGAAAAAGAAUUGCAUAUUGUUGAUGGUAUGAAUAAUAAUAUAACGGAGGAGCCAAAAGAUGAGCACUUUUAUAAAAAAAUUAUCGGUUGGCUUCGUAAUUUAAAAAGGGAUAAUGACGAUGAAAUAAAAGAUGAAGUAAAAGAUGAAAUACAAGAUGAAAUACAAGAUGAAAUACAAGAUGAAGUAAAAGAUGAAAUACAAGAUGAAAUACAAGAUGAAAUAAAAGAUAAAAUAAAAGAUGAAAUACAAGAUGAAAUACAAGAUGAAAUACAAGAUGAAAUACAAGAUGAAAUACAAGAUGAAAUACAAGAUGAAGUAAAAGAUGAAAUACAAGAUGAAAUACAAGAUGAAAUACAAGAUGAAAUACAAGAUGAAAUACAAGAUGAAAUACAAGAUGAAAUACAAGAUGAAAUAAAAGAUAAAAUAAAAGAUGAAAUACAAGAUGAAAUACAAGAUGAAAUAAAAAAUGAAAUACAAGAUGAAAUAAAAGAUGAAGUAAAAGAUGAAAUACAAGAUGAAGUAAAAGAUGAAAUACAAGAUGAAAUACAAGAUGAAAUAAAAGAUGAAAUACAAGAUGAAAUACAAGAUGAAAUACAAGAUGAAAUACAAGAUGAAAUACAAGAUGAAAUACAAGAUGAAGUAAAAGAUAAAAUAAAAGAUGAAAUACAAGAUGAAAUACAAGAUGAAAUAAAAAAUGAAAUACAAGAUGAAAUAAAAGAUGAAGUAAAAGAUGAAAUACAAGAUGAAAUAAAAGAUGAAAUACAAGAUGAAAUACAAGAUGAAAUACAAGAUGAAAUACAAGAUGAAAUAAAAGAUAAAAUAAAAGAUGAAAUACAAGAUGAAAUACAAGAUGAAAUAAAAAAUGAAAUACAAGAUGAAAUAAAAGAUGAAAUAAAAGAUAAAAUACAAGAUGAAAUACAAGAUGAAAUACAAGAUGAAAUACAAGAUGAAAUACAAGAUGAAAUAAAAGAUAAAAUAAAAGAUGAAAUAAAAGAUGAAAUAAAAAAUGAAAUACAAGAUGAAAUAAAAGAUGAAGUAAAAGAUGAAAUACAAGAUGAAAUAAAAGAUGAAGUAAAAGAUGAAAUACAAGAUGAAAUAAAAGAUAAAAUAAAAGAUGAAAUAAAAGAUGAAAUAAAAGGUGAAGUAAAAGAUGAAAUACAAGAUGAAAUACAAGAUGAAAUAAAAGAUAAAAUAGAAGAUAAAAUAGAAGAUAAAAUAAAAGAUGAAAUAGAAGAUGAAUAA